UGUGGUGUUUGAAUGGACUAAUGAUACCUUUGUACUGGUUGAAUGUUUGAUUUCGAAUUCUAAAUACAGUACAUUCGUUGUGUCUGUGUCUUCUUAGUUCAAUUGCGUUAAUCCUGGAAUUCCUAGUUCAUACUAUAAUUAGAAUAUUAUAAUGGCGUCGUGAUGGAACCUGCAAUGGAAAAGUUGGAUAUUCAUUCAACUCCUGAAGAUAUUGAGGAUUAUUUGGAAAGGUUCGAAAUUUGGAGCAUGACAAAAGAAGAUGAUGAGGAUGUUAAUAUUGUGGCACACUUUCUCACAUUCAUUGGGAGAGAAGCGUACAGCUUAUUAAAAACUCUGGCAUAUCCAGAAAAACCUAUCUCACUCCCUUAUGAAACUCUUAAAGAGCUAUUAUUAAGUCAUGUAAAAUGCACCCGUUUUGAAUGCCGUGAAAGGGCAAAGUUUCAUAAAAUGAUCCGUCAAAAUGACCAAAAGGCUCGGGAAUUCAUCCUUGAAUUACAGAAACAAGCCGCCAAGUGUAAUUUCGGUGAUCAACUUCAUGUGCAACUGAGAGAUCGAUUAAUUGCAGGAAUUAAUAUGCCGAGUUUGGAAAGAGAGCUGUUAAAAAUGCCAAACUGUUCCUUUCAAGAUGCUAGGACUGCGCGUAUUAACUACGAAGCAGUGAAUGAACUUGAUAUCCAGUCGAUGAAGAUUUCUGUUACUUUGCUUAGUCGUCAUGAUGAACUACAAUCUCAGGGUCAAUCAAAUUUGCGUUCAUUUAACAGUGAUUCCUAUUCUCGUGUAAAUAUGAAAGGUGUUUCAACAAGGAAUUACAAAGCAAAUCACAAAGGUGAGAUGAAGUUUGGUAAAUGUUUAUCAUGUGGAAAGUUUCAUGCUCGCAAUUCAUGUGUAUUUCGUAAUGCUAAAUGUUUUAAAUGUGGUAAGGUAGGACACAUUCAGUCAGUAUGCAAAGCUACUGUCCAUUUUGCUUCAAGCUGUACUAAAUCUUGUAAUUUAAAUUUCAAUAAUUCGGCUGUUUCUAAUGAUCAUUUAUCUUUAUCAACGAUUUCAAAAGACAGUGCAGAGUCAUAUGACAGUUCAGAGUUAUAUGAAAUCCAGAAUUCUUGUGAGGCAACAGUUCCUAAUCAACCGAUUUAUCAGAAUUCUCAUGCUAUUGUACCAGGUAUGACUUUUCCUAAUGAUUCACAUAUUUCUAAUGAAAUUACUUGCAAUUCUGAGGAAAAUAUGUUAAAUGAACGUAAUCAUGAUCGAAAACCUGAUGUGGUUUGGAUAGAUGCUGGUUUUUCUAACGAUCCUACGCUCUGCAAUGACAGUCCUAAUGAAUUUCAUGAGAAUAUUUCAGAAGAAUCAAAUCCUGAUGUCGUAUCAUAUAUUACCUAUCCUCAUAAUGCAUUCGAUCCUUGUGAAAAACCUGCUCAAUGCGAAGCACGAGUACUAAGUGACCUCAAGUUUGAUUACAUUUCGGAUGAUUUCAUAUCAACUGCUGUUUACCCUUAUCACAAAAACAGUUCUAAUGUUUACUCUAAACAUUGUGAGAAAUAUGUUUUAAAUGAAGCCACAUUAUUCAUAACCUGGGGAUAUAAAGAUCCAACAUUAUUUCGUGGGGGAGGAUAGUGUUGAAAAACCUAUGGUUCGAAUUCUAGAUAUUAAUGAUUUCAUUACAAAACCGACAUGCUGGUUGUAUACAAUUCCAGAUACUACAGAGUUUUUAUCUUACACAAUGUCGGACAGACUCAGAAUGAACUUAACAAGAAGACGUACAACCGAUUACAAACACUUAUACUUCUAUUUAAGCUGUGGCGGAUGUGGUGUUUGAAUGGACUAAUGAUACCUUUGUACUGGUUGAAUGUUUGAUUUCGAAUUCUAAAUACAGUACAUUCGUUGUGUCUGUGUCUUCUUAGAUCAAUUGCGUUAAUCCUGGAAUUCCUAGUUCAUACUAUAAUUAGAAUAUUAUAAUGGCGUCGUGAUGGAACCUGCAAUGGAAAAGUUGGAUAUUCAUUCAACUCCUGAAGAUAUUGAGGAUUAUUUGGAAAGGUUCGAAAUUUGGAGCAUGACAAAAGAAGAUGAUGAGGAUGUUAAUAUUGUGGCACACUUUCUCACAUUCAUUGGGAGAGAAGCGUACAGCUUAUUAAAAACUCUGGCAUAUCCAGAAAAACCUAUCUCACUCCCUUAUGAAACUCUUAAAGAGCUAUUAUUAAGUCAUGUAAAAUGCACCCGUUUUGAAUGCCGUGAAAGGGCAAAGUUUCAUAAAAUGAUCCGUCAAAAUGACCAAAAGGCUCGGGAAUUCAUCCUUGAAUUACAGAAACAAGCCGCCAAGUGUAAUUUCGGUGAUCAACUUCAUGUGCAACUGAGAGAUCGAUUAAUUGCAGGAAUUAAUAUGCCGAGUUUGGAAAGAGAGCUGUUAAAAAUGCCAAACUGUUCCUUUCAAGAUGCUAGGACUGCGCGUAUUAACUACGAAGCAGUGAAUGAACUUGAUAUCCAGUCGAUGAAGAUUUCUGUUACUUUGCUUAGUCGUCAUGAUGAACUACAAUGUCAGGGUCAAUCAAAUUUGCGUUCAUUUAACAGUGAUUCCUAUUCUCGUGUAAAUAUGAAAGGUGUUUCAACAAGGAAUUACAAAGCAAAUCACAAAGGUGAGAUGAAGUUUGGUAAAUGUUUAUCAUGUGGAAAGUUUCAUGCUCGCAAUUCAUGUGUAUUUCGUAAUGCUAAAUGUUUUAAAUGUGGUAAGGUAGGACACAUUCAGUCAGUAUGCAAAGCUACUGUCCAUUUUGCUUCAAGCUGUACUAAAUCUUGUAAUUUAAAUUUCAAUAAUUCGGCUGUUUCUAAUGAUCAUUUAUCUUUAUCAACGAUUUCAAAAGACAGUGCAGAGUCAUAUGACAGUUCAGAGUUAUAUGAAAUCCAGAAUUCUUGUGAGGCAACAGUUCCUAAUCAACCGAUUUAUCAGAAUUCUCAUGCUAUUGUACCAGGUAUGACUUUUCCUAAUGAUUCACAUAUUUCUAAUGAAAUUACUUGCAAUUCUGAGGAAAAUAUGUUAAAUGAACGUAAUCAUGAUCGAAAACCUGAUGUGGUUUGGAUAGAUGCUGGUUUUUCUAACGAUCCUACGCUCUGCAAUGACAGUCCUAAUGAAUUUCAUGAGAAUAUUUCAGAAGAAUCAAAUCCUGAUGUCGUAUCAUAUAUUACCUAUCCUCAUAAUGCAUUCGAUCCUUGUGAAAAACCUGCUCAAUGCGAAGCACGAGUACUAAGUGACCUCAAGUUUGAUUACAUUUCGGAUGAUUUCAUAUCAACUGCUGUUUACCCUUAUCACAAAAACAGUUCUAAUGUUUACUCUAAACAUUGUGAGAAAUAUGUUUUAAAUGAAGCCACAUUAUUCAUAACCUGGGGAUAUAAAGAUCCAACAUUAUUUCGUGGGGGAGGAUAGUGUUGAAAAACCUAUGGUUCGAAUUCUAGAU